AUGUUAGUCAGUGAUGCUGCCAAACCAGUUUACUCUCCAUUGGUGAGCAACGUCCAGACAUCCUCAGGCAGCAGAGGCAAAGACAACAUGCAAACUAUUGCAGCCUUCAUGCUGGUGCUGUGUCACCUGGGAAUCAGCCAAGCCUUGAACUGUACAGAGGCUCCACGGCUGAGCUAUGCAACACAGGUCGAUGCUGGACUGGGCCAAGUGGUGGCAAGAAACAGGUACAACUGGGGCUAUUUGCUGAUGAGAAGUUCCUGGUACUCACUGCCCUAUAUCAGGAUCAGGCACGUCUCAGUGGGACAUGCAGGGAUCUGGGCCGUCGACACCAGCUUUCGCGUCUACCAACUUCAGGGUGGCUCCUGGCAACGUGCCCCAGGUUUCCUGAAGCAGGUGGAUGCUGGAGGUAAUGUUUUUGCUGUGGGAGUGAGCAGCCAAUCCAAUGCCUCCUGCCUAAGUACCGGAUCCAUCUUGUUCUCCGGAAGGACAGAUGGAUGGACGCAGGUGCGAUCAGGUUUGACGUACUACAGCUGCGGCCUCUAUGGAUGCUGGGGAGUUGGCACGAGAGGCCAGGUCUAUGUGACAGAGAAUGUGACACCGAGCAACUGUACCAUGUCUGGUUGGACACACGUCCCAGGACUUUCCUUGAAAAUGGUUGAGGUGGGCAGUGAUGGCAGGGUCUUUGGCGUCACCCUCUCGGGAGAGGUCUACGAAAGAACUGGUAUCGACAGUGCUCGUCGGCAGGGGCUCAGAUGGACCCAACACCCCAUGUGCAUGUCCAUGGUUCAUGUGAGCUACGAUCUGGGUCGUCUCUGGGUCGUGUCCACCUCUGGUCUCAUGAUGCAGUGUACAAUCUAG